AUCAUAUAUUCCUCAACCCAACCUUAUCAAUGUGUUAUCCAUCUUCUCAUUCAUCAUAGCCAUGGCGUCAUUGCUUCUAACAUCAUCACUUUCUCCACUCUCAAUUCAAUUCAACACUUCCUCUUCUCAUCUUUCAUUCUCUCACUCUCAAACUCUUCACUCAUCAUUCAUCACUUCAUCAUUCACUCCUCUCUCAGUAUCUUCAACUUCAUCUCUUUCACCAUCAACCCUUUUUGUUUAUUGUGGCAGAGGUGAUAGGAAAACUGCAAAAGGGAAACGCUUCAGCCAUUCGUUUGGAAAUGCAAGGCCAAGGAACAAGAACAAGGGUAAAGGACCACCUAGGAUUUAUACUCCACCGGAUCCUACCAAGAAAGAGAAGCUUGAAGAUAAUGAAGUGCUUAAAAUUGAAAUUAAUGAUGACCUAUCUUCUGAUUAAUUUUAGUGCUGCAUUUUAAUUGAGUCUCAUGAUUUGUAGUUUUUGAUAUAUGGUUUUCAUUUGGCAUAUACUAGCUGGAUUUUGUAUGUUAUCAUUAUUUGAGUUCACUUCUCUGAUA